AUGCCGAUCCCGAUCCCGGUCCUGCUCCCAAUCCCGGUCCUGCUCCCAAUCCCGAGUCAGGCUAAAGCCGCCUACGCACACUCGCAACGGCACCCCCAGGAGCCGCAGCCUCUGGGUGCCUUCCUGGAUGCCGCCAACAAACGCACGCGCCUGCUUUUCCUGCCGUCAGACCCGGAAUUCUUCGAGCUGAAGCAUGCCGCCGUUAAGGGUCACCAGAGCCUAGCGAGUAAAUGGAAGGAUAUCCUAUGGGAGGUUGACAAGGACAAGAGUAUUAGGAGCUUAAGGGUUCUAGCCGUCUCCCAAUCUAUCUAUAACGUCGCAUACGAUGCCAUAAUCCGUGGAGCCUCUACGACCGCCCUCCUCACAUUCCGGGUAUAUUUCGAUCCUUCAAGCAACAACGACGUUAGCCUGCUCAAUACCAGCACCUCAACUAUACUCGUUGUCAGCAGGAGCCAGCCUGAUGAUCCCGGUCACCAGGAAAUCCGCGUCUAUCAUCUGGCCCAGAUCGGGCCUGGGCAGGGGGCAGGACUGCCUGUGAACAUCCGCACGCUUUCGGCCGUUCGGAACCAGGGAGUCAAUACCGCCACCUUACACCCUCUUAUCGACCUCCGGGCCGGCCGGACAAUCGAGCUCAUCGGAUCAAGGCCUGAGGAGAAGUACUUGGUCACGCGCAUCGAAAAUCUAUCCGACUCUCGCUCCUCAUCGGUUUGGCGAGCCAUGAUCUCGAUCCUGACUCCAGAUCACCUAUCAGUCGUUGCCAAGGUACUGAAGUCGACCGGCAGUGCCAAGUCGGCCGCGACUAUAUGGCUGCGUAAGACCAACAUUCACUCGAAGCUCGGCGCUGGCGGGCUCCCUACCAUUAUGCAGCUGCUAGGCCUGGAUGCACGUAUAUAUAGCCUCUAUCUCAAGGACAUUGCUACGCCAUCUCUUGCCUAG